CCCCCUUUAAAUAAUGUAAAAAGUUGCCCUUAUUAACAUAACAGUAGACUAUCAUUUCAGUAGAAACGUGCCUUUACAAAGACAGGUAGAAAGUUGAACUUUCUCCAAGUCAGUGGUAGAAAUUAUAACUUUCUCCAAGUCAGUGGCAGAAAGUUGCCCUCACAAAGAUGGCGGCGCGGUUCUACCGACUGUCCUCGGUCUUCGCUUUGAUCCCGUUACGUAGAGACGCGCAGUGUUUUGGCUGAGAAGAAGUUGCAGCUCCGCGCUCUGUCACAUGAGACAACUUUCCCCAGAUUUGCAGGAUUACUCGUUUGGACAAAGAUGCUGGAUUGAGGAUUUCUUUUCAUGGUUGCGUUUUGGUGCUGCUUUUUCGCCAGUCCAUUCUUUCAGCGGAGGAUUUGAGUCGUGUUACGGGAAUGUGAAGCUCCUCGGGCGGAUGGUGUAGCACUUACGGUCCAUUUCCACCCGACACGGAGCUGAUCCACAUCAUACUCCAUCACCCUGCACUGUCUGUGGAAGUGUCACUCCCCUCCGUCGCCUGUUGUCAUGGCGCCCAAGGACAUCAUGACCAAUUCGCACGCCAAGUCCAUCCUGAAUGCCAUGAACGCCUUAAGGAAGAGCAACACUCUGUGUGACAUCACCCUGAGAGUGGAGAACACAGACUUUCCUGCCCACCGCAUUGUGCUGGCUGCCUGUAGUGAUUACUUCUGUGCCAUGUUCACUAGUGAGCUGGCAGAGAAAGGGAAGUCCUUUGUGGACAUUCAGGGUCUCACAGCCUCCACCAUGGAGAUCCUACUGGACUUUGUUUACACAGAGACAGUGUUGGUUACGGUAGAAAAUGUGCAGGAGCUGCUUCCUGCUGCCUGCCUGCUCCAGCUUAAAGGGGUGAAGAGGGCAUGUUGCGAUUUUCUCAACAGUCAGCUAGACCCAUCCAACUGUCUGGGCAUCCGAGACUUUGCAGAUACGCACAACUGUGUGGACCUGAUGCAGGCGGCAGAGCUUUUUUCACAGAAGCACUUUUCCGAGGUGGUGCAACAUGAAGAGUUCAUGCUUCUAAGUCAAAGUGAAGUGGAAAAGCUUAUCAAAUGUGAUGAGAUUCAGGUGGACUCUGAGGAGCCAGUGUUUGAGGCGGUGUUAAAUUGGGUAAAGCACAAUAGGAAGGAACGAGAGCCAUACCUGGCAGACAUGCUGGAGUUCGUGCGCAUGCCUCUACUCACGCCACGCUACAUCACUGACGUUAUUGACUCCGAGCCACUUAUACGUUGUAGCCUAGCCUGUCGGGACCUUGUGGAUGAAGCCAAGAAGUUUCACCUGAGGCCUGAGUUACGCAGUGAGAUGCAGGGGCCUCGAACACAACCCAGACUAGGUGCCAAAGAAGUGCUGUUGGUGAUCGGUGGAUUUGGCAGUCAGCAGUCACCCAUUGACGUCGUAGAGAAAUAUGAUCCCAAAACCCAAGAGUGGAGUUUUCUACCAAACAUUGCACGAAAACGUCGCUACGUCGCCACUGUCGCCCUCAAUGACCGCGUAUAUGUGAUCGGAGGCUAUGAUGGUCGCUCACGUCUCAGUUCAGUCGAGUGUUUGGACUACACAGCAGAUGAAGAUGGCGUUUGGUACACCGUCGCCACAAUGAACGUUCGACGAGGUCUGGCAGGAGCAACUACGUUAGGAGACAUGAUUUAUGUGGCUGGGGGUUUUGACGGCAGUCGGCGGCACACCAGCAUGGAGAGAUACGACCCAAAUAUUGACCAGUGGAGCAUGCUGGGUGAUAUGCAGACAGCUAGAGAAGGAGCUGGGCUUGUAGUGGCCAGUGGACUCAUCUAUUGCUUGGGAGGUUACGAUGGUUUGAACAUCCUUAAUUCAGUGGAACGCUAUGACCCACACACUGGUCACUGGACCAGCGUCACUCCAAUGGCCAACAAACGUUCAGGUGCCGGGGUAGCUCUGCUAAAUGACCACAUUUACGUAGUUGGAGGCUUUGAUGGUACAGCUCACCUGUCCUCUGUAGAAGUAUACAAUAUCCGGACAGACUAUUGGACAACUGUGGCACCCAUGACUACUCCACGGUGCUACGUUGGAGCCACCGUACUUCGGGGACGACUGUAUGCAAUUGCUGGAUAUGAUGGCAACUCCCUGCUCAGCAGUAUUGAGUGUUACGAUCCUGUACUGGACAGCUGGGAGGUGGUGACCUCCAUGGCUACACAGCGCUGUGAUGCAGGAGUUUGUGUGCUCAGAGAAAAAUGAUCUGCCAGACACUAAACAGGCAAAGACUGGAUUGUUUUUUUGAGUACUGAUUGGCAGCUAACGCCUGUGACUGGUUUACCUUUUUUUUUCUUUGCUAUGACUAUGUGCCACGUGUAUUAGCAUGGAAGAGGAAGCAACCUGGAAACACAGAUCACAUGAACACCACUUUUCCUUGUUAUGCUGUCAUUUUAAAUUCAGACUUUCGUUUUGUCGCUGUGUUUAUAAUGGGCACACUGUGUUGUCUGCCAAAAUGUCUGCACUCUUCAGCGAUUACCCUGUGGUCCUGUUCUCUGUCUGAGGUUAUCCUUGGAGGCUCAUGUGGAUGAAGUCGUAAAAGUGCAAUAUUUUAAACUACUGAUGUGUUAAAAGACUACAAAUGCAGAACACUACUAUAAUGUGUGCUUCAGCGGUUGCUGCUUUUAUACCUUAUUUCCCUUGUGGCCAAAUAUUACACCACAUGCCUCCUGGCUUUGCUAUGUAGGAGUACAAGGUUUGAUUGAAAAUGUGGUCAUGUUAGGAUUGUAAAGAAAGACGUUUCUGAUUUUGUGACUGAAACAUGUACAAGAUUUCCAUGUUGGCACCAAUGUCUUCAAUGUCCUUUCCUGCUUUCUAAGUCUCCUAGCUUGUACUAAGAGAAGUAAGAACCGUACUCAUUGCCUCAUGUUUAAAGGUACAGUAAGUAGUAAUAAAUGUUAAGAAAAUGACUAACACUAGUAAAAGUGUUUGUUUUUUUUUCUUUAAUGAAGGAUGUUUCAAGCCUUUUCACAGUUAUGUAACCAGCCUUUUCGUGAGCUAAGAUGCUUGAAAUGAAUAAUAAAAAAUAUAUGGGGUGGGAAGGUGGAGUUACUUGGUGUACCUUUAAAUCAUCGGGAUUGCAAUACAGUGAACACAGUUAUGUAUGUAUUUUUUUUUUCCAUUUCCAGUGCUUUUAAAUGUGAAUCUAAAAGAAUGUAUGGAUUUACUUAAAUGUUUGUUAAACCCAGAAUCUUGACUAUCCGUUAAUUAUUUGCAUUAUAAUGUAUGCUCAUUUUUUUGAGUGGCCAAUGACAUUUGCUGUUGUAAUGUUUUGCAUUAUGUAUGGUGCCAGGACUGACAUUAUUGUUGAAUAGGUAUACUACCAAGUGUGUACCAAGUUGUUUCUCACAUAGUUUACUACCAAGUGUAAUAAAUGUCUGUACAUCA